AACACAGGCACAUUCAACAAGCCAGAUCAUACUGUUCUACAGAUGUGUGCGUGUAACAUUUCCUCGAAUGGUUGAUUUCGUCUCCUCGGUGAGAACAAGAUUUUAUUACAAUAUCUGUGACAACUCCUGAUCAUCAUAUCAGUAAACAACAUGGGAUGUUCUGAAAUGACCGUGUCCUCGUUAUCUACUGGUCAGGUGCUCCCGUCCCUACCCCCAGCGACCCCUGCCUUGUCCAGGGCAGACUGUGUCUCUAUGUGCCUCUUCAGUGCAUACUGUACCACGAUGUUCUACAACAAGGAAACCAAGUCUUGUCAUCUGAUGGAAGGCUUCAAGCAGACACAGCUGGUAGCCACCUCCGAGCCUAUUGAACACCUGGUGUUGGGCAAAGCUCCCUGUCCGCUCGAGUCAGGCUAUCUGUACAGCCGGAGACUGAACAUGUGUUACAAGAAGCACACAGACCUUAAAGCGUGGCCUGACGCCAAGACAGCAUGCUCAGCAGUGGGCAGCUACCUCGUCAUCAUCAACAGCGCUGAACGGAACCAAUUCAUGUACGACAUUGCGGCAGAUAUUGGAACGUUUUGGACGAGCGGGAAUAUAAUGGGAUCAUCCUGGAGAUGGGGAGACAACUCUUCAGUUGCUGAGCCCACCUUCUGGAGCCCCCGGGAACCCGAGAUAGAUCAUCCAACCCACAAAUGUCUCACCUUCUAUGACCUGAGCCUCCCCAACAGCUGGCACGCUGGUGACUGUUACAUCCAUCCAAUGGCCUACGUCUGUGAAAUAUCUAUGUAGACAGUUGUGUUUUGCUCCAUGGACAUUCGUGAAUGUUUUCAGCAGGUUAUCAUAUAUGUAACAACUUUAGCAGUUAUACUGGCAUCUUGUUAAAAGCAAAAACACACUGCAUAUAUACAUAUACCUGAGCCUCCCCAACAGCUGGCACUCUGGUGGCUGUUACCAUCAUCCAAUGGCCUGUCUGUGAAAUAUCUAUGUAGACAGUUGUGUUUUGCCCCAUGGACUUUCGUGAAUGUAUUCAUAAGGUUAUCAUAUAUGUAACAACUUUAGCAGUUACUCUGCUAGUAUUAGACAGGUUCUAAUAUCCGAAUACGCCGACACACUGAUUAGGCUGAGCUAUUGGUUAGGUUGAUAUGUCAGAUGUAAUGUUGACCUUAAACAUAAACGAGAUAGUUUGAAGUGCAAUCUGGUGAAAUAAUAAAUAACGCUGAAACGUCGCAUUAAUUCCUUGUGGUCUUUACUUCUUUCGUGAUAGGACUGUCAAUUUGAUUAACAUUUGCGAUGACCACAAAAUAACCACACAGAAGAUUAAAAUUUUCUGCAUUAUUAUUCACAAAAUCAAUGAAGCAUGUCUCCAGUGAUGUUUCACACACUGCGAUAAAAUGCCGACGUUCUAGAAGAGUGAUUGGGUAUGGUUUUACGACGCUUUUAGCAAUGUUCCAGCAAUAUCACGGCGGGGGACACAAAAAAUGGGCUUCACACAUUGUACCCAUGUCGGGAAUCGAAACCCGGGUCUUCGGCGUGACGAGCGAACGCUUUAACCACUAGGCUACCCGACCGCCCCACGUUCUAUAAGAAAUAGAAAGACAAGAGUGAUAUAGAUAGAAAAAAAAUGUAUCAUAUUCUGCAGUAAAGAGUGUCAUAUAUUCUGUUUCGGCAGAAAAUAUAGGAUGGUUAUUCUCUUGCAUUGAUACUUUAUAUUAACGAGUCACGUAAAUGAAAGAAUGAAAGUCACGUGCCAUAGCAGAAAUUAACUUAGCUCAAUCGAACUGCUAUUUUGUACAUAAAAAUAUCAAUAUGCUUUAAUUAUUUUAUAGUCUUUGUACUGGUGUUUUUGCAUGAUCUACGCCGACUUUCAACCUGGUAUAGACGGCCGCUGUGUGAGAAAAAUAGAAUAUUUUAUUCAUUA